AUGUCGCAGAGCAACUACGUGUUCAAAUACAUCAUUAUCGGCGACAGCGGCGUUGGCAAGAGCUGUCUGCUUCUCCAGUUCACCGACAAGCGCUUCGAGCCAUUACACGACCUGACCAUCGGCGUAGAGUUCGGGGCGCGUCUCAUCUCCAUCCAAGGCAAGAGUGUCAAGCUGCAGAUUUGGGAUACGGCUGGGCAGGAGAGCUUCCGUAGCAUCACCCGUAGCUACUACCGUGGCGCUAGCGGGGCUCUGCUCGUCUACGACGUCACCCGACGCGAUACCUUCACGCACCUGCAGAGCUGGCUGGAGGAUGCUAAGGCAAACGCGAACACGGCACUUGUGAUUAUGCUGAUUGGUAACAAGUGCGACCUCGAUAGCAAGCGCCAGGUGAGCCGCGAGGAAGGAGAGGCGUUUGCGCGCUGCAAUGGGCUGAUGUUUAUGGAAACGAGCGCCAAGACAUCGCAGAACGUCGACGAUGCGUUCCUGCAGACGGCAGCGCUCAUAUACGACAACGUGCAGCUCGGCAUGAUCGACGCAUCCGUCGUCUCUGGACGUCCAGGGACGCAGGCGAGCAACGCGCACUUGCAGAAUGCGCAUGCGAACCACAACAGCAGAAACAGCGGUUGCGCGUGCUAG